AGCAAGCUGGAGGCGAUGGCGUUCCUGGUGGCGUGCGUGGGGCACGACAUCGACCACCGAGGCACCACCAACGCCUUCCAGAGCAAGGCCGGCACGGAGCUGGCCUCGCUCUACAGCUCGCAGGGCUCGGUCAUGGAGAGGCACCACUUUCAGCAGACGAUGUGCGUGCUGCACUUGGAAGACUGCAACAUCUUCGAGCACAUUAACAAGGAGCAGUACAGCCAUUGCGUUGAAAUCAUCAACCACGAGAAGGCGUUCAACGCGUUCGCCAAGGACGACCCUGCGCACCGCGACCUGCUCUUCGGCGCCAUGGUCACGUGCGCCGACUUCGGCAUGCAGACCAAGGACUUCCACAGCAUCUGCCUCACAGUCGCCCUGCGCGAGGUGCAACGCUUCUGGCGCCACGCCGCGCCCGUCUUCGCGCGCCGCCUCGCGGCCGGCCAGGAAGCGCUGCGCAUCCUCGACGACGGCGGCUUCGAGGCCGAGGUGCUCGACCUGGUCGCGCGCCAGACCGACAUUACAAUUAUUACUUAA